UGGAAAGUCAAGCUACUCACGCACGUGGCCCAAUUCGAUUUGGAGGCCGAGAACAAGCUACUCGAAGCCGGUGACCCGGGCCCGAAGGUCUGCAUGAGGGACUUCUUGAAGUCCACACCGACAUGUCUUACGGAUGCAACCGUAAAAGCAGCUCCGCCCGAAGGACAAUUGGCUGUCCGGAAGGAUAUCAUGGUAUGGCGCAAGGCGGACGCAUCGAUGAGGCAUGUCCUCAACUCGACCCUCCCAAACUCGUUUCUCUCGUCCCUACCGGACGAGGUGCGAAACAUGGAGGUGUGUCUCAUUUCGCAGCAUCUCGAACGGAAGUUUGCGAAUGGUGAUGCUGGAGGAUUGGUGGCAUGGUCGAAUCGGUGGACUCAGAUUCUGAACUCGAAAUGGAAAGACAUCAUGACCCUGUUCGCGCUGCUCAACCAAGCGCGAACGAGAUGA